AUGAAGAGCAGAGUGACACUGGAGGAACAUAUCGAAGAGCAGGCAAAGUCAGGAUACUACAACGAUUGCAAGAUGGGUACACAAGCCAAUGGCACAUUCUCAGGCCCCGUGCCGCUCUGGAUCGAUGGAAAGGAGGUCACAACAUCCACAACCUUCGACGUCGAUAGCCCUACCAACAGCCAGAAGCUCUGGACCUCGUCUUCAGCAUCAGUGAAAGAGGCACAGCAGGCUUGUGAAGCAGCACAGAAGGCGUUCAAGCCAUGGAGCAAGACAAAGCCUGGCAAGAUCUGGCAGAUCCUCACCAAGGCUGCUGACAUCUUGGAGGCGAGGAAGGAAGAGGCUGCCAAGUACAUGAUGGAGGAGACGGGAGCGCUGCGGCCCUUCGCGGACUUUAAUAUCACCACAACGAUUGACAAUUUGCGUGACGUGGCUGGCAGACCGGCGGAUAUUCAUGGGAUUAUACCACCAACGAAGGCAGACGGCCAAGCGGCACUUGUUUUCAAGGAGCCGUAUGGAGCCAUUUUGGGUAUCGCACCCUGGAACGCACCGUACAUUCUCGGUGUCCGCGCCUUCCUACCUGCACUCGCAGCCGGUAACACUAUCGUCCUGAAGGGCUCCGAGCUCUCGCCUCGCACAUACUGGAUCAUAGGCUCAAUCUUCAAGGAAGCCGGCCUUCCGGACGGAGUUCUGAACAUUGUCUACCACAGACCUGCCGAUGCUGCAGAUGUGACCAAUGCACUCAUCGAGCACCCUGCGAUCAAGAAGGUCAACUUCACUGGAUCCACCGGUGUAGGCAGCAUCAUUGCAUCCAAAGCUGGCAAAGAGCUUAAGCCUGUACUUAUGGAACUUGGUGGUAAGGCGAGUGCAAUCGUCUGCGAAGACGCCAAUAUCGAACACUCCGCUUUCCAGUGUGCUCUGGGUGCUUUCAUGCACGCAGGUCAGAUCUGCAUGUCAACUGAACGCAUCAUCGUCAACCGCAAGAUCCAGGACAAGUUCGCCGAGGCCUUGAAGGGCGCAACCGAGAAGAUCUACUCCUCCAAGGGCGAAUCCCCAGUCCUAGUUGCCAAGCCAGGUGUAGAGAAGAACCACAAGCUCCGCACAGAUGCAGUCUCGAAGGGUGCCACAGUCUUGUAUGGCGAUGCACAAGAGCAGGACAUUGCCCACUACAGGAUCCGACCGACCAUCAUCACCGAUGUCAAGAAGGACAUGGACAUUUUCUACACCGAGUCGUUCGGCCCAACCGUAUCUCUCAUUCCCGUCGACACCGACGAGGGAGCCAUUGAUCUCGCGAACGACACCGAGUAUGGUCUGUCCGGCGCCAUCUUCACGGAGAACCUGGGCCGUGGCUUGAAGAUUGCGAAGGAGAUUGACUCAGGUGCCAUCCACAUCAACUCGAUGAGUGUCCACGAUGAGUACUCACUCCCACACGGCGGUGUCAAAAAGAGUGGAUGGGGUCGUUUCAAUGGCAAGUGGGGUAUGGAGGAGUUUUUGAAGUUGAAGACUGUGUCCUACAUCGAGUCGUAG